AUGGCGAAGCCUAUGAUUACGAUUCUGUGUCCAAGUGGACAUCGGCGAAAAGCACAAAUGGCACCCAAUACCAAUUUGCUUCAAGUACUCGAAGAUAUGUGUACUCAAGAAAGCUUAGAUUCAUCUGAAUGGGGCCUGACACAGCAACGUAAAAAAUGUGAUUUAACAAUACCAUGGCGUUUAUCCGGUAUUCCAACCAAUGCUCUUUUAGAAAUGUACAAAUUAGAAGAACGUCGACCAACAAGUGACGUCACUGUACAAUUACAAUUGCCAGACAAUUCAAGAUCUAAUGGUAAUUUUAAACCUUCGAUUAAUCUUCAAGAUAUGCUUGAUUGGUACCGCAAUCAACCAGAAAGUAUGGUUGCUGCUCUUGAUAUUUCCAUGAGCAAUGAUGAUAAAUUCCAUCCAGUAUGUUCAUACAUGAGUGAAGAAAUAAUUGGUACAUAUGCUUUAUCAAAUACAACAUUACGUGAAUUUGGUCUCACUAGUGGUACAGCUGUAAUUCGUUAUAACAAUCGGUCAAUGAAUGAUGAUGAUUUAAAAAAGAUUAAUAGUCGUAUUGAUGAGAAAAUUGCCCGUCGCAAUCGUCAACAACAACAGACAACAGUCUCUGCAUCUGCUCCGUCGCCUUCUCCAACAACUACAACUACGUAUAACCCUCCCCCUUCGAUCCCUGUUACUACAGCAUCGCUUAAUAAUACUGAUGAAUAUUCAAUAUUCCGUAAACCUCCUGUGUUUCGUCCAACGACGAAUCCUCAGCAACAACCGAAAACAUUAGCCGAAACGCUUGGUAUUAAUGUUUCAUUUGAUUCGAAACCUAUAUUUAAACAACCACCUCAAACUGAUUUCAGCAAUUUUAAAUUUCCUGAAGCGACAAAAGGUCAAGAUCUUCAACAGAAUGAAUCGUCAGAUAAUUCUCAACGCAAGCGAGAUUCAAAACCAAAUGAUCGCCGUGUCAUGGCUUACGAUCUAACAAAUAAUUCUUCGAAAUCGGAAAGUCAAACUGAAGAAUUACCCGAUAGUUUUUUUGAAUUAACACCUGAUGAUCUUCGAUCAAUUAUAAAUACUUUAAGGCAGCAAGGUACUGAAGAUAAUGCAUUAGAAACUCGAUCCAUGCGUGAAAGAAAUCAAUCGUUGCGUGUGUCUUCCUAUGAAUAUAUUGCAAUUCGAUUAGUGAUUCAUUCAAAUGUUGUACUCCAAGGGCUAUUUCACCCAGAAGAACCAAUAUUACAUCUUAUGGAAUUUGCACGCACAAAUCUUACUUGUCCCCAAUUAGAACAAAAUGAUUUUUAUUUAUAUACAUCGCCACCACGCGUAGUUUUAUCGGAUGUAAAGAAACCAUUAUCGGCUUAUGAUUUGGUUCCAGCUGCAUUUGUUUAUAUUGGUCAUCGAGCAAUUUCACCACUUGUUAUUCAACUUGCACAACAUGUAUCUAUAGGAAAUAUUCAUGAAGCCAAUCAAAUUGUGACACGCCAUGUCUUCAAUCGGACAAAAUCCGACAAUGAAGACGAUAGUGAAGUUUCAACUACAGAUACUAAUCGGCCAGCUAAAAGAAAUACAACAACGCAGAAUAUCGACGAUAAACAUCUACGGGAUAAAAUGCGCAAAUUUUUACCCGGAAAAAAAUGA